AAAAUUUGAAACAAUUUCCUAAUUUCCCUAAACUUGCGACUUUUUAACAAUCGACCGACUUAUCAAAAUUAGGGAUUGUUUUAUAUAUAAAGAGAGACGCAUCUCUUUAUUUCAUUCAUCGCUUCUCCAAAAUUUUCUUCAAAGAACAAAUCUCCCAAAUCUAAAAUCUUUCUCUUCUCUCUUCGUUUCCAUAACCAUGUCUGCGAAGAAGAUUGUGUUGAAGAGUUCCGAUGGUGAAUCUUUCGAGGUUGAGGAGGCGGUGGCUCUCGAGUCACAAACCAUAGCGCAUAUGGUUGAAGACGACUGCGUCGACAACGGAGUCCCUCUUCCUAACGUCACGAGCAAGAUCCUCGCCAAGGUGAUCGAGUAUUGCAAGAGGCACGUCGAGGCUGCUGCCUCUAAGGCCGAGGCCGUCGAGGGUGCUGCUACCUCCGAUGACGAUCUUAAGGCCUGGGACGCUGAUUUUAUGAAGAUCGAUCAAGCUACUCUCUUUGAACUCAUUCUGGCUGCUAAUUACCUGAAUAUCAAGAACUUGCUUGAUCUAACAUGUCAGACAGUUGCGGAUAUGAUCAAAGGAAAGACUCCAGAAGAGAUCCGCACAACGUUCAACAUUAAGAACGACUUCACACCAGAGGAAGAGGAAGAGGUUCGCAGAGAGAACCAAUGGGCUUUUGAAUGAUUGAUCUUCAGAGAGAAGAAUCAAAAGCAGCAAGCAACCAGUUUCUUCUUCCUUAUGUUUAUUGCCGUUUUCAAGUGUUGUUGAUGACUUGCUUUUUAAUAUUCUUCAUGAAUCAUGACUAUCUUCUUCCUCUUCUUUCUUUCUUAUCAAGAACCAAUGUUUCUUACUCUUUGUGGGAUGGAUAAUUUGUGCUUUUAGAUAAUCUUCAAGAGUGAUGUUGGUUUGUCUUACAAAAUAACUUCUUUCAAUUGUCUUGCCAAUCGCCACAGAAUGCUAAUUUGCACGAUUCAUUUUAGGAAUGUUCAUGUGUAAAUAAAAAGAAACUGAAUUUGGCAGAGUCUGCAAGCAGAAUGUGAAGGAUCAUGACGACUACUCAUUGAAACCAAUGGUCACCAGUUAUGCCCUGCUCCUGCUCAUCUACUUACAUAAAUAUCUGCAUCAC